UUUCUUGUUCAGACCAAAACCAUGCUUGGAGACCACCUUACCAACGUUGGCAUUAAUAGAGAUAACGUGUCUGAGGUGCUACAGAUGUACAUGAGUGCCCACUGUGCCAAUACAGACCUGGCACCUUUGGCCCUCAGUCUGAAGACCAAGGCCUUUCAGUCCCACACGCCUGCUCAGAAGGCCUCCAUCCUGGGCUUUUUGGCUAACGAGUUAGCCUGCAGCAGAGCUGUUAUCAGUGAGAUUGACAAAGGGCUGGACCAGAUGGCGAACAUGAGGAAGGACAAGAUCAUCAUGGAAGGGAAACUGAAAAAGCUCAGGACCACUUACGCUAAACGCACAGGGAAAAGGGAAGCCAGCGUCGGCGUGGAGGAGAACCAGUCCAUUGGCACGCCGUCCUCUGCCAGCAAACGCAAAAGAAAGCUUGGCGGAGAGAGUGACGAUGAUGAAGACGACGACGACGACAGUGACGACCAGGCCGAGGAAGAGGACGAGGAGGAGGAGGAAGAAAUGAAGAAGGUUAGAAAAGUGGAGACGUACGAUGAGGAUGAGGUUGACCAAGCCACCAGUCUGGAGGAGCUGGAGAAGCAGAUUGAGAAGAUGGCCAAGCAACACCAUCAGACCAGGAGAAAGCUGUUUGAGAUUUCUCAUUCCCUACGCUCCAUGAUGUACGGCCAGGACAGAUUCCGACGCCGCUACUGGGUUCUUCCUCAUUGUGGGGGAGUCUUUAUUGAAGCCAUGGAGAGUGGAGAAGCACCAGAGGAGCUGGAGGAGGAGCGGCAGAGGAGAAGGAGAGCAGCUGAAGAGGUCAAGGUCAAAGAUGAACCCCAGGAAAUUGAGUUAGAGAAGGUGAAACAGAACAGUGUUGAUGGACAGAGUAUUAGAACUCAAAGUUUGGACCAACACAAGGAGGAGGAAAAGGAGGACGAGGUGAAGAAAAACUCCCCGAAUCUGUUCUACCAGCAUCAGAGUUGUGUCUCCAAACUCUGCUCCGUCCCUGACAUCGACACUGACAAAGAAACUGUGACGGCGGAGAACAGGGAGAGUUUCCAUGUUAGACAAAAUGGCAGCCCCGUGGCUGCUGCCAGUGCCAGCGUGUCUGUCACGUCAUCCUCCCCCACUCGCAAUACCUCUGAGCCUGCAGUAGCAACAACCCCCUCCAUGGCUACCACUAAUGACACUGCAAACAUCCCUCCCCCAGCGCCCGGCUCUUUAUCUGUCUCCUGUCUGCCAGGCCAUAACCACAGCCCAGAGAACACUCCCCCGUCUUCAUCCCCUGCUCCAUCUCCUCACCUCUCAUUCCAGGCCAACGACCAGCUGCUCAGAGUCCUGACAGAGAGGAGCGGUCACUGGUUUAGUUUGCUCCCCCGUAGCCCUUGUGACCUCUCCUCCCUCACCACCACCCCUGCAGGGGCUCACCGCGUGUCUCCCCAGGCCUCUUCCACUCCAGCCAGGCCCAGAUCUCCACCUCCGUCCCCUGCGCUGCCUCUCACCCCUUCAGCUGCCUCAGCUUCAGCCAGCCCUCACCAUCCGGCUGGUCUCCUUAACUACCCACUGUCAGCCCUGCAGCUGAAGUCAGCCGGUUCGUUCUUGGGGAGCUCAUUUGGAAGCUGGCCAAGUGGGAUGUUAAGUCCCAGCCUGCCUCUGUGCAAUAGCCCAAGCCCCAUGCCUGGGCAGUCUCUGGAGGGCAACACAGCUGCAAGUGUCUCCAGUAAGAGUGAAUCACCUUUACCUCAUGUUGAGAAAUCCUCAUCUAAGCCUACACUGGAAAUGCCCAAAUCCCUGGACCAUCCCUUACCUCGUCCCAUCCCAGAGGACAUGUUGACAGGCUGGUGGCGGGUGUCUGAUGUAGAGGAACUCAGAGCCUUAGUCAACGCCCUCCACAGUCGAGGCAUCAGAGAGAAGGGCCUCCAGCGGCAGAUGCAGAAGUACAUGGAGAUGAUACCACAGGUCUGCACCAAGCACAGAGAUGUGGCCAUGAUCGAGCUGUGUGAUCUGGAGGAGAGCCAGGUCAGUGUGGAGUCAGUGCGAGGCUGGUGUGUAGAAGAGCAGGCCAUGGAGAUGGACAUUGCUGUUCUGCAGCAGGUGGAGGAGCUGGAGAGGAAGGUCACUGCUGCCAGUCUGCAGGUUAAGGGCUGGACACACUCUGACCCUCAGUCUGAGAGAGAGGAUCUGGUUUAUUAUGAGCAUAAACCACCCACAAAAUCGACAUCGGCCUACAGCGGAGACAAGGACUCCAGGGAUCAUCCGGAGGAACGUGGGGAGAAGGGCGGGGUAACACGUCACCUGGACAACCCGCUGGACAUAGCAGUGACUCGUCUGGCUGAUCUGGAGCGCAACAUUGAAAGAAGGUACCUGAGGAGCCCCUUAGGUACCACCAUUCAGAUCAGGCUGGAUAAUGUGGGUACGGUCACUGUCCCUGCCCCCGCCCCAUCCACUAGUGCUGACAGGGAAGGUGGUGAGGAAGAAGUGGCCCACGGUAUGAAGGUGUGGAGGAAGGCCCUGACUGAAGUACGCAGUGCCGCCCAGUUGGCCAUGUGUAUUCAGCAGCUACAGAAGUCCAUCGCUUGGGAGAGGUCUAUCAUGAAAGUGUACUGUCAGAUAUGUAGAAAGGGCGAUAAUGAAGACCUCCUCCUGCUGUGUGAUGGCUGUGACAAAGGCUGCCAUACUUACUGUCACAAACCCAAGAUCACCUGCAUCCCAGAGGGCGACUGGUACUGUCCAGUCUGCAUAUCCAAGGCCAGUCCAACCCCCAAAGCCAAAAAGCCUCCAAGCAAACCAGUAGCAACCAGUGGAGGAAGCAACAAAAAAGGUGGCGAGGCCAAGAAAAACGGGAAGCAGACAGGAAACGGGGAAGUGUCAGAGGACGACUCCGCCAGUGCAAGCAGCACGCCCAAGAAAGGAGCAAAGGACACAAACAGGAAGAAGAAAAUGGAGGAGAUGUCACCCGUUUUGCCAGCAGCCAAUCAGGAGAGUCCAGUGUGUGUGAAGAGAGCGAAGACUGCGCGAGACAAUAACAGAGACCUGGGUUUAUGCAGAGUCCUUCUGGCCGAGCUUGAGCGUCAUCAGGAUGCGUGGCCUUUUCUCACCCCGGUCAACCUGAAAUCUGUCCCUGGUUACAAGAAGGUCAUCAAGAAACCCAUGGACUUCUCCACCAUACGAGAGAAGCUUGUCAGCAGCCAAUAUCAAAAUCUGGAGACCUUCAUCAUUGAUGUUAACCUGGUGUUUGACAACUGCGAAAAGUUCAAUGAAGACAAUUCAGACAUUGGUCGAGCAGGUCACAAUAUGAGGAAGUUUUUUGAGAAGCGCUGGACUGAGCUUCUGAAACAAACAAACUAAACAAUAUCUUUUCAGAUUUUUCCCCGUAAAAACGGUCCGCAUCUUUCAAACUAGCGCACCACCUUCGACUGACUCUUGUUCCCUAAGGACGAAGAAGAUGACGACUUUGCGGGACAGAAGUGAAAAAACAAAUUCUAAUCCUUGAUGAGGAACCAUGUGGUUUCUUUUGGAGAAAUAUCGCCUUGAAAUAAAAAUGUCAUUACAUUGAGGUGCGCUGGAUUUCUUACAACAGGGAUAAAAGCCCCAAAGAGUCCCAGAGGAAUGGGGUGUUGUAGUGCAAUAGCAUUCCCUGUCUCAGAACACUGCACUGAAUGAAUCCUCAACUGUCACUGAUGUGUCUGUGCUACAAUACUUUCCACUACUUGUAAAUAUCCUGUUUGUUAUUUAAUCAUAUUAUAGUGAAUGUAUUUAAUUUUGUAAUAAUUAUUUAUGAAUCAAGGUCCACUUCAUUUUCUAUGAAAAGGAAGAGUCAGCUGAACUGCUAUUGAGUUAAAAAAAAAAAGGAAUGUGUCUUUGUGUUGUAAUUUUUUCUCCCAAAUAUCCGACAAAGCCAAGAAAAAGAAAACUGUUUACACUGUUCAGUGCUUUGGGGCAUCAGAGAACUGUAUCCAUUUGUUCAGACUGUAAAAGUGCUUUUAUUUACACAAACAGCAGAGCAAGAGGAAGACAAUGGUGAUUCAUGUGUAUAUACUGUUUAUUAAUGUCAAUAUUAUGUCUUGUUUGGAACAAUGUGUAAAAAUUGUUUGAGAAUAUUAAGAUAUUGUUUAUGCCUUAGAAUGAUUGUAGCAUUCUAUUUUAGUGACCGUGAUAAAAAAACAUUAUCAUAAAUAUUGUUUGUACAGUAUAUACAUAUCCUCUGCAAACACUGUGGUAUCCUUAAUCUUGGUAGUGCCUACCCUUCCAACAGGGGCAUGUAGGGGAUGUUCUUCUUAGUUUUUCCUUCUUAUGACAACAAUAUUUUUUUAUAUGAUUUCAAUCCAACAAGGCCUCCAAAGUUGGACAGUGACAAAGAAAUCAUUCCUCACCAUUGCAGAAAAGAAAAAUGGAGCGAUGAGCGUUCAGCGAUGCUUCUGUGACGCAUUUUCUCAAAAAUCUGCCACUAAACAGAGAGGACCUAAGGCCAUUUGUAACCACUGUGUUGAACCUUGCUGUGUGUUGUGGCCUGAUGGAGGCAGCUAGAUUUUUUUGUACCCAAGUCAAAAGUACUUGAAGUUACUUUAUUUAAAAUAUUGUGGAAUAAAAGUAUCAUUCUUUUGUAGGAGCUUUAUUUUUCACUAGUGUGUGGCACGGACCUAUUAAAAGGAUGUUUUUCAACGUAA